AAGUGCAGCCGAUGCAUUAUGUGGACAAAACAGGCACCACCACUCAUCAUCCUCAACUAGAAUGCUGCUCAGCUUUCUCCACCAUAUUUUAUUCACACACACCCCUUCAUCAACAUAUAAUCUUCAUUCUUCCAUCUCUCUUCUUCAUUCAUCAAGAACCCUCCAUUUUCAUCCCAUAAAAACCUCCAAUACCACUUCAGAUUCCAAACAAAUUCAACCCAUUUUCACCAAAUUCACAAUCUUUUCACUGAAUGUGAAGUGGGUAUUCCUCCAAAACCCCUAUUACACACCCCUCUUUACUUGGUGUGUUUCAAGGUGACAUCUUUUUCAUCAAAUUUGACCCAUUUCAAACCCAUGUCUGCAGCCAUGAUGUGGGUGGUUUCCCCUAACUCUGAAGUGUGCAACCAAUUGGGUUUCUUGGAAACUACAAGAACAAGAGAUUCAUCAAACAAAAAGGGGCUUUUUAGAUUGAAGAAUGUUGGUAGGAAACAUAGGUGUUACUCUGUGUUUAACAAAGUGGGUUCGAGAAGAACAAGUGUGGCUCGGAGGGUGGUGGCUAACCCAUCUGGGAAUCUUGCAAUUUCAUCUGAACAAUUGGUUUAUGAUGUUGUGUUGAAGCAAGCUGCUUUGGUUAAAAAACAGAUGAGGUCUAGAGAAGAAGAUGUGGAUGUGAAGCCAGAGAUUGUUCUUCCUGGGAAUCUUGGCUUGUUGAAUGAAGCUUAUGAUAGAUGUGGUGAAGUUUGUGCUGAAUAUGCCAAGACAUUUUAUUUAGGAACUUUGUUGAUGACACCCGAGAGGAGAAAAGCGAUAUGGGCCAUUUACGUAUGGUGUAGGAGAACCGAUGAACUUGUUGACGGGCCUAAUGCAUCGCAUAUAACUCCCAAAGCUCUAGACCGAUGGGAGUCGAGACUAGAAGAUCUUUUCAAUGGACGGCCGUUUGACAUGCUCGACGCUGCUUUAUCAGAUACCGUCUCUAAGUUUCCUGUUGACAUUCAGCCUUUUAAGGAUAUGAUUGAUGGGAUGAGGAUGGACCUCAGAAAGUCAAGAUACGAGAAUUUCGACGAGCUUUAUUUGUAUUGCUAUUAUGUAGCGGGCACGGUUGGAUUGAUGAGUGUUCCGAUAAUGGGAAUUGCCCCUGGAUCUAACGCACCGACGGAGAGUGUUUAUAAUGCUGCUUUGGCUUUAGGGAUUGCUAAUCAACUCACAAACAUCCUUAGAGAUGUUGGAGAAGAUGCAAGAAGAGGAAGGGUUUACUUGCCGCAAGAUGAACUAGCACAAGCCGGCUUGUCAGAUGAAGACAUAUUUGCAAUGAAGGUUACCGAUAAAUGGAGAUUCUUUAUGAAAAAACAAAUACAUCGAGCAAGAACAUUCUUUGAUCAAGCGGAAGAAGGUGUUACACAGCUAAGUUCCGCUAGUAGAUGGCCGGUUUGGGCAUCGCUACUAUUGUAUCGACAAAUACUGGACGAGAUUGAAGCAAAUGAUUAUAAUAACUUCACGAAGAGGGCGUAUGUAAGCAAGCCGAAGAAGAUCGUUGCUUUGCCAGUUGCUUAUGCGAAAUCUCUUGUGCCCCCUUCGUCAAGAAAGUUAGCUUCAAACUAACAUCAUGCCAUCAGAGGAGAGGGUAAAUUUGUAAUUUACUCACAACAUAUAGUUGUAGAAAAUGAGUAUAUCUGUAAAUCACAAAUUGUUGUUGCAGAUUCAAAUCAGAUAUAGAAUAGAAAUUGUUGUUGCACAAGAGUUUAUAAAUAAUCAAUCAAAAUCUUUUGCUCAAA